GAGAGAAGAGAAGAGAAGAGAAGAGAAGAGAAGAGAAGAGAAGAAAAGAAAAGAAAAGAAGGAAGAGAGGAAAGGAGAGAGAGAACUGGUGGUUGGGUUUCAUAGUGUUGGAGAUUUGGCAUUUAUUCUUUGAGUAACAACUGGAAAGCACUCCUGCAGAAAGGAAAAGGAAUGGCGGUUGUUCACUCCCCUGCUUGCUCUCGCUCCCCAUUUUUCUCUGGUUCAUACUCUUCCACUUUAAAUUCUUCGCCUCUUCUCAAAUUCCCCAAAAACAUCAAAGUUCACCACCAUAGAUUAAGAUUACCCAACUUAUUCUCUUCAUCUUAUUCGGCUCACAAUAUUAAGCCACGUUUAUCUCCAAUUUGCAAUACAAUGGAGCCUGAUCAGGAAGAACAUGUGCAGACUGUAGGAGUUAAAGCUGCAAUUUCAAUGCUCAAAUUCUACAAGAGAGAAAUAUCGCCGUUGAUGCCAAAGAGUUGCCGGUACGUGCCGUCGUGUAGCGAGUAUUCGAUGAUUGCUUACAAGAAAUAUGGGGUAUUUAAGGGCACUGUCUUGACUGCUUGGCGCCUUUGUCGCUGCAACCCGCUUGGUGGUUCAGGUUUUGAUCCUCCGAGAUGGUUUGAUGAAGAAAGGGUACCGGAGGAGUGAGACCUUUGACUGUGUUCAUCCUAGAGAUAGGUACUACUUGUAUGAAAAUUCUAAAUGACUAAAUAUUAAGGCAUCUAACAUAAAAUCAUGACUUCUUUC